AUGUUCACUCGCAUCGCCUCUGAGAUGGCGCUCGUCCACAACAUGAUAAUACGGGGCCUCAACUCAAUUUACCUCCAGGCACCACACGUCAAGGCAUCUGAGUCGAAAUCUUUUCUGCAGUACAUCCUAGCCUGGUAUAGUCUGCUGCACGUCCACCACUCCGGCGAGGAAGAGAAGUUCUUCCCGACUAUCGACGAGCUGUCAGGCCAGAAGGGGCUAAUGGAUGGCAACAUCGCGCAACACAAGGAGUUUCAUAAUUCUUUGGCAAGCUUCAAGCAAUACGUCGAUACUUGUAUUUCCAGGAAGGAUGAGCUGGACAGUGCAAAGCUUGUGACGUUGAUCGAUGGCUUCGGCGAUGUGAUGACGAAGCAUCUUCGUGAUGAGAUCCCGAGUAUACUGGAGCUCAGAGUAUUUGGUGCGGAUAAGAUGGCUUCGUUGGAGAAGACUUUUGAGGAGGAAGGAGAGAAAAGCAUGAAAGCUCUCGGCUUGAUCAAAGGCUUGCCAUUUUGCUUAUCGAAUCACGACAUUGCUUUUGAAGGCGGUCAAUGGGCUGAUUGGCCUCCUGCACCACCAGUCGUCAAACUCGUCUGCAGGCACGUCACUUAUCGCUUCAAAAAGAAGUGCUGGAAGUUUUCGGCAUGUGACAAGAUGGGAAAUCUCAAGCCACUGUAUGCCGUUGCUCGUGAGGAUACCAAGAUUGGGCCGACGGAGUAG